CCUUUGAAAAAAAAGAAAAAGCCUAGGCCAAAGAAGCUUCCAAGUUCUAACACUGAACAUUCUGAACUACGAAGUUUCUAUGUAAUUUUCAUCACAACACGAGUUAAAUAUUCUACACUUUGAUCUUGUAGAAUUUGCGAUCCUAUAUCAUAUCAUAUCAUGGAUUCUUUCGUUUCAGAACAAGCCAGAGAGAACAAGUUCUGGCCUCCAACAACAAAGCCUACAAGACAACCAAAUCCAAUCAUACGCAGGAAAUUGCGUCGAGGGUCAGGGAGAAUUCCGGAGAAACAAAUUAAGUACCCUAGAAAUAAGGAGUUUCUGAGAACAAUUGCGUACUUGAAUGCUGCAGCAGGAUAUUACGAGGCAAGAUCACCAAUGUCUUUAUAUUUUUGGUUUUAGUAGCUUUUGAUUUGAAUAAUUUUGAAGAGGAAAAUGAGUGGAGCACACAAAGCGACGACGAAAAGAAUCUUAAAAUGUCGAUUCAAAAAACUAGCGACAAUUCUGACAACACACCCACCAAAACACGGAAAAAGAAAAGCAGCUACCUUGACAAGGCAAAUUACAAGGAAUGUGGUAUAUCUGCCUGCUCAUCCCACGUGAUAAACAUCAAAGACACAUGCAAAACUUUAGAACGUGGAGGCCAAGGAAUAAUUUUAACAAAAAAUGUUUCUCACAGAAGUGCUUCCACAAGCGAUAGUACAUUCAUACAUUUCUGUUCGAGAGAGAUGAUUUGUCCACAGGAACAUCGUGCUGCAUUAGCAGUUAAGUUGUAUGGAGUUCAAGUAGCACUGUUAUCUGGUUUAGGUAACCCUUUACAGAACCUAUCCCAAUCCAUAAGCCCAGGAAACAGCUCAAAGAUACUAACAGUAAGUCUAGGGAAAGCUUCUACUGGUUUCUUACCAGCAAUGAUAUGGACUGGAAUGUUCAUAGUGAGUUUCGUGUACACAGUGAUGGUGGUUUGGUCUUUGGCUUUUAGGGUCCCUAUUAUCUCAAUGCUGUGCAUUGCUCUUCUGUACUCUUUAUCUGUGAUGGUUGCUGCAGCAUCGGGGUUUGAUGUCAUGUUGUGUGGCACGUUUAGAAUGAGUGGCGUCUUGUUUGCAUCUUUAGGGGUUAGUGGUUUUGUUAUGAUCCUUCUUGUUCUUGUCAUGCUGGUGCUCUUUGCUUCCUGGAGAAGCACAAAACAAAAUGGAGGAGCCAAGUGAUGAGUGCUUGGUGCUUCGGUAUGCAGGGUUAUGGAAGCUUUGGGAUCAGUAGUUGUUAUAGGCUUGUGUAUUUGUCGAGGGCAUUUGUACCUUUUAACUAUAGUAGGUUUUGCAUACCAUGUUUGACUUUUAAUUUUCAUGUACACAGGUACGGUUAAUUUUAAUUAGUGGAAAUAUUUUUGUUCUUUGAAUUAAUAGAGAACAUUGUGAAAUCUUUUAAGGUAACAAA